GCCACCGACACGUGACCGACACGUGUCGGACACGUCUGAGGCGUGUCUGAAUAAAAAAACAUUAUUUCUUGGCUCGGACACGGCUUGGACACGGCGUGGACACGGCUUGUAUAUUGAGCCGACACACCUUUGUGGCUGGACACACAUAUGGGACACUUUGUACUAUUUUUUUAUUAUUUUCUGACUUAAAAAAAAAGAUAAAUUAAAAAUAAACAACCUUAUCUAAUUAAACAUCAAACAAAGGUAAUAAAAAACAAUGAUUCAGUGGGCUCAUAACGCACAAACACGACUCUUCUCCUCUCCUCUUCUCUUGCGUGUUUCAUCUCCUGCCUCCGCCAGCGGCGGCGCUCCUCCUUCUCCACCAGCGGUGACGUUUCCUCCUACCUCUUGGUCUUCUCUCUUGCUUCCCUUCUCUGUUACUUGAAAUAGUUUGUAUAGGAGGAAGUAAGCACUAGGUGGGGUUAUUUAUAGCAUUUUGACAUUUCAUCCAGAUUCUCAAUGGGGAAAAAUGAUUUUCUCACACCUAAGGCAAUUGCCAAUCGAAUCAAAGCAAAAGGACUGCAGAAGCUUCGGUGGUAUUGCCAGAUGUGCCAGAAGCAAUGCCGAGAUGAGAAUGGGUUUAAAUGCCACUGCAUGAGUGAAGGGCACCAACGUCAAAUGCAAGUUUUUGGGCAAAACCCAACUCGGAUAAUUGAUGGCUAUUCUGAAGAGUUUGAGAAAACAUUCCUUGAGCACAUGAAGCGCAGCCACCGAUUCAGCCGCAUAGCUGCCACUGUCGUGUAUAAUGAAUACAUAAACGAUAGACACCACGUUCAUAUGAACUCCACUGAGUGGGCUACGCUUACUGAUUUUGUAAAGUACUUGGGUCGAACUGGCAAGUGCAAGGUUGAUGAAACACCCAAGGGAUGGUUCAUUACAUACAUAGAUAGAGAUUCAGAAACCCUUUUCAAGGAGAAGAUGAAGAAUAAGAGAAUCAAGGCAGAUAUGGCAGAUGAAGAAAAGCAAGAGAGGGAGAUCAUGAAACAGAUUGAAAAGGCUGAGCAAUUGAUGCAGCCACCCAAUUCCGAUUCUGAUCAGACUUCACAGGCUGAGCCUCCAAGGGAAUUUAAUGUAGAGGAUGGAGUUAAGAUAGGAUUUUCUCUUGGGACAUCAGCUAGACCUGGGACCAAGGAAAAACGUGAAGAAUCGAGGGUGGCAUUUGAUGAGGUUGGUGAAGAGAAAAAUGAGGAAAGGAAUAAUGGAAACAAUUUGAAGAGGAAAGAAAUUGGUGGUGGAAAAUCGGCUUUGGAUGAAAUGAUGAGGGAUGAAGAGAAGAAAAAGGAGAAAAUGAACAGGAAGGAUUAUUGGUUGCAUGAGGGAAUUGUUGUUAAGGUUAUGAGCAAAGCCUUGGCAGAGAAGGGGUACUACAAGCAAAAAGGCGUAGUGCGGAAGGUGAUUGACAAGUAUGUUGGGGAAAUAGAAAUGCUUGAAAGCAAGCAUGUGCUCAGGGUUGAUCAGGUUGAACUCGAAACUGUGAUUCCACAAGUUGGUGGCCGUGUAAAAAUAGUCAAUGGGGCAUAUCGCGGAUCACUUGCUAGGCUUCUGGGGGUGGAUACAGAUCAUUUUUGCGCUAAGGUGCAGAUAGAGAAAGGUCCCUAUGAUGGUAGGGUCCUUAAAGCUGUGGAAUAUGAGGACAUUUGUAAAGUAGCCCAGUGAGUUUGAUCAGUGAUUCUAUAAGUUGCAUGAAUUGGAGUUUUGUUCUUAUGUACCACCUUCUUUCUAUAUAGAAAGGCCAUGUAACAGGUAUCAUUUUUGCUUGUUGUCUUUGGAAAUCAAACUGCAUGUCAUUUGAGUACUGUAAAAUGGACAUGUACUUCUCUUUUUGUUUUUUUGUUUUUUUUCUAUUGGCUAAAGGACCAAAAUUGAUUUGGACUUGGUUUUGACUAUAAGGAAUUAAAUCAAAUAUGUGCCUUUACUUGGUUUAAUA